AUGUCUCAGCCUGGAUACACCAUGUCAAACCAACAAUUUGAUAGCCAUUUUGGCAAUCUCAACGGAAACGACGCUGUCGAUCCGUCGGACCUAACUAUGCAGAGCGCGGCGUUCAUGCCCUAUUCUUUUGGGUCGCAACAAAAUAUGUCUGCAAGCUACAAUAUGGGAAACUCCGGCAUCGAUACCGAUGAGCUACUCGAUCUCGACCUCAACGGACAGAAUGGCAUCCAACGGACGGACGGUAUGGGUUUCCUGCAAGACCAACGACAGAACCAAGGCCUGUCCAUGAGCCACCAAAGCCAGAUGACUCAAAUGUACUCUCAAACCCCUGAUGGCGCCCCCAUACACAGUCCCUUUUUGCAGGGAAGUUUCAACUACGACCAGUUUCAGCCCUUGAACCAGCACUCGCAGGGUACACCAUCACACCUGAGCGCUCCAAACCAUUUUGACCACAGCUUCAUGAAUGGAAAGACACGGCCUAGCCUGCAAACCAUAGAUCGAUCGUCCUCAGAUGUGAGGACUCCGAUGACUCCAAAGACACCGGCUAUUGGUGCAUUGAAUCUGGGCACACCAGAAUCCGGAAGCUUCCCUUCGCAGCCUAUCCGUGCCGCAAAUCUCCAGCACCGCCACCAGAAAACCCUCUCAAAUCAAUGGGACGGCACUCCAGGAAGUGCACAAUCAUUUAUGGAGUCACCGAUUGCUUCUCCCAAUCAUCAUUCUCACCAUGCUGGUAUCUCGGAAAUUCUCAAGUCCGGCAAACACGCAUCGCUACCUGCCAAGGUUGACACGCCCAGCGCCCAGGCGUUAGAAUCGCAGGAGGCAAAACGACGCCGACGUAGGGCUUCUCAUAACAUGGUGGAGCGAAGGCGCCGCGACAACAUCAACGAAAGAAUUCAAGAUCUCUCUCAUCUUGUUCCACAGCACCGUUUGGAAGACGACAAAGUUCGCAAACAAUUGCUCAACAAUACUGCUUUGUCUCCACCAGGCGGCAGUAUGAGCCCUCCCAAUGCGACUUCUUUGUUAGCCGGUGGCAAUGGUCGCCGCGCAACGGCAGGGAAUAUUACAAUGGGCCUUCCAAUUGAAGAGAAGGAGAAGGGCCCCAACAAAGGAGACAUCCUGAAUGGUGCCGUCGGUUGGAUGAGGGACCUCAUGUGGGCCUUGCAUGUGAAGAUGCAGCAGGAAUCAGAGCUGGCAGAAAUCAUUUCCAGUCUCGGCGGAACGUGGCCCUUUGAACAAACCGAGGACGAGAAGCGGAUGCGCACUGAGCUCCUUGAUGCGAUGGAGAAGAAUGAUGCCAAUACUUUUGCCUACAGUCGUGCGCCGGGUACUGGACUUCGCGUGCCUAAGCACACAAAUAUUGCCGGGGACCCCGUUCAGGGCAACGGAGCACUUAGUCCACAGAGUUUAAGUCCUGCCUUCACUAGCGGUGGCAGUGGAAAUACCAGCGGGGGAGCGGGCCAACCCCAGUUUUGGGGCUCCAAUCACACUGGCGGUAUUUUCAAGGAAGAAGAUGAAUAUGCGAUGGAUAUGUAG